GGCAGGACUGGGCAUGCUCAGUGGCGGGGACAGGUCUGGGAGGCGAGGAAGCCGCAUUUGAAGUGGCUCGGCCUCAGGAUGAGGGGGAGGCGGGUGCCCCGGCUGGGGUCCGUGGAGGUUCCCGGUGCUGCACGCGAGGUCGACAUGCUGCGGGCGGGAGCAGCCAGCCCGGCGCGCCGAAGCCAGGUCGCCGAAGACCCGGGGGCGCUGGCGGGAGGAGGGGAGGAGCGCCCGGGCCGCCAGCCCCCGGCCGCGGCGCUAAGGCUGCCGGAUAACAAGCCGCAGGGAGGGUCGGAGGCCGGGAGAACGCCCGACCAUGACCUCCAGCGAGGCUGCCUGAACCGGAGCCCGCGCAGCGCCCCGCCAGCCCCGGGCAUGGGCGAGCGCGGCGCUCAGCCCGAGCGCGCGGCCCUGCAGUCCCCGGGGGCCCCCGAGGGCGCCGCGGCCACCGUGAACGGGCUGCUGCACAACGGCUUCCACCCGCCGCCCGCCUGCAGCCGCGACCCGCUGCCUGCACGCUUCCAGCUCUCGUCAGAGCUGCAGCCUCAGCCGCAGCAGCAGCCGCUGUUCUCCCAACAUGAUUCUCCGGCCAAGAAAUGCCGGCUGCGGAGAAGGAUGGACUCCGGGAGGAAGAACAGGCCGCCAUUCCCAUGGUUUGGUAUGGAUAUUGGCGGAACCCUGGUUAAGCUGGUCUACUUUGAACCAAAGGAUAUCACGGCAGAAGAAGAACAGGAAGAAGUGGAGAACCUGAAGAGCAUCCGGAAGUAUCUGACUUCUAACACUGCCUAUGGCAAAACUGGGAUCCGAGACGUCCACCUGGAGCUGAAAAACCUGACCAUGUGCGGGCGCAAAGGGAACCUGCACUUCAUUCGCUUCCCCACCUGUGCCAUGCACAUGUUCAUCCAGAUGGGCAGCGAGAAGAACUUUUCCAGCCUCCACACCACCCUCUGUGCCACGGGAGGCGGGGCCUUCAAGUUUGAAGAGGACUUCAGAAUGAUUGCGGACCUGCAGCUGCACAAACUGGACGAACUGGACUGUUUGAUUCAGGGCCUGCUUUACGUUGACUCGGUUGGCUUUAACGGCAAGCCGGAAUGUUACUAUUUUGAGAACCCCACAAAUCCCGAGUUGUGUCAAAAGAAGCCAUACUGCCUUGAUAACCCAUACCCCAUGUUGCUGGUUAACAUGGGCUCAGGUGUCAGCAUUCUAGCAGUGUACUCCAAGGACAACUACAAGAGAGUUACUGGGACCAGUCUUGGAGGCGGGACAUUCCUAGGCCUGUGUUGCUUGCUGACUGGUUGUGAGACCUUUGAAGAAGCUCUGGAGAUGGCAGCUAAAGGCGACAGCACCAAUGUUGAUAAGCUGGUGAAGGACAUUUACGGAGGAGACUAUGAACGAUUUGGCCUUCAAGGAUCUGCUGUAGCAUCAAGCUUUGGCAACAUGAUGAGUAAAGAAAAGAGAGAGUCCAUCAGCAAGGAGGACCUCGCCCGUGCCACACUGGUCACCAUCACCAACAACAUCGGCUCCAUUGCUCGGAUGUGUGCACUGAACGAGAAUAUUGACAAAGUUGUAUUUGUUGGGAACUUUCUCAGAAUCAAUAUGGUCUCGAUGAAACUGCUAGCAUAUGCCAUGGACUUUUGGUCUAAGGGACAACUGAAAGCACUGUUUUUGGAACAUGAGGGUUAUUUUGGAGCAGUUGGGGCCCUGUUGGAACUGUUCAAAAUGACGGAUGCGCAGUAGAUGAAGCAGCCUCCGGUAAGGACAGAGUACUGACAGACACGCCAGAGAAGGUGACAUCUUCUUGGGACAGAAGCCAAGCCACUGUGGUGGAUGAACCUGCUGUAUUUGUAAAUAACUGAAAUUUUUUUGCUCUUAGGUUUCAAGCUUAUGAUACAAAAUGGGGAAUAUAAUAAUUUUUUUCCGUAUACUGUAUUUUUUAAAAAAAAAAAUUGUGCAGCGUGGCCAAAGUUACCAGUUUCAUGCAUUAACUUUGAAAAGCUGUGUGAUGUUUAAGAGGGGCCUGAACUGAAAACGCUGUCCAUUUUUCUUCUGGGGUUUACUGAUCAGUGUGAUAAUUUUAACUUCGUUUAGUAAUUACUCUAGGAGAUUCUACCUUUACUUAUAUUUUUUUCAUGAUGUUUCAUGAUUUGCUCUUGGUUUCAAAUGAAACCACAAAUCUGGCAUGUUGCACUGUGAACACUUUGUUUACUCUCUCUCUCUCUUUUUAUUCUUUCUGUUUCAGUGUCUUAGGACAAAAAGAAGUCCUGCCGUUAUUUUUGUCCCCUGUGAUCUCCCUCUUAUCUAUACGCUUUCCUUGUUGUAAUUGCUCGUGUCAAUCAAGGUGCUGACCAACUCAACACAAAGUUAGACAUAUAAUCUAAAGUUCUAAAACUGUGACCACAGUGAGAAGACUUUAAAGGGAAGGGUUGAUGAAAGUGGCAGACACUGAACAUGAUAUGCAAUUUCAUCUUUGUCUCCUUACCCCUCAUAACUAUAACGUUUCGUUGGAUUUACCCUACACUAACUUGAAGUAGUCUGUCAUCAGACAUCCUCAUUCACGGAUGGCAUAUGAAUGGCACCAGUUUGGAGGGGCUCCCAUAGCUCAUCUGGUCAUGCUAGAUUUAGGGAGGUUGUGAGUUGGGGUGUCAGAAAUGAGUGUUUUGUUCGUGUUUUUACCUAGGAGCCCUGUAACAAGAAGACAGCAUGAGGAAUAAUGUUAAAGGUUUUUUUUUUUUAAUUUUUGUUUUAGUAUUUAAACCGAGAUUUGUACUUUAUUUCAUUUCUAAAACUUAAAUAUAAUUUAUGAUACUCACAUAUGCAGACAUUUCCUUCUGAAAGAUUUUCAUUAAGAUAGAUGGUGGGUCACUUUCAAAUGAGGGUGUUGUACACACAGUGUCACAUAAGAUCUGACCGUCUUCUGGAUUGAGGGUACCCUUGCAAGGGCUUUUGAAAGGCAAUGCAGUUACUCCUUGGUCAGUCUUCACCUUUCUACCUUAUGAAGCGCCACCUUUCAUUUCCAUAUCUUCGAGUCUUGAAGAAGUUGAUGCUAAUGGAAGAAUUCACUUGUCUGGUAUAAAUAAAGCCCGUUUCUGUUGGGAUGUUUUUAGUGUAUAUGUUAUUUUCAUUUCUUAUACCUCGUCUUAUAUUUAUCUGCUGUAUAUGUAAAGUAACUAUAUGUUGUUGUUGUUGUUGUUGCUGCUGCUGCUGCUGUUUUCUUUCUGCUGCAUAGCUCAUACCAUGAGGCUUUCCCACAAGUGUGGUAAGGUCCAGACUGGGUCUUCAGCUGUAGCCCUAGGCCUGUGUAGGGGUUGCUUAAUAUUUAGCUUAAUUGCUCUUAGAUUAUUGACUGCUGAAUGCCAAAGUACCACUGUGAUAUUUGGUGAUUCUGAACCACGUUCAGGUUCAUGUCAUUGCAUCUACAUUAUGUCAGCUUCUACUUAGCUGUCAAACAGUCAACUACAAUGUUCUUGAAAAAGACGCCGUCUUUGUAUUAUCUACCCUAGUGCCUUUUGAUGGUCUCCCCUCCCUUCUUUAGUCUUUCAGGGGACAGCAGACCUGAGACCUGAAGGUCAGGGUUCUGCCAAGGAAACCAGAGCAAGUAACUGUGCCUAUAUAUUUUAUUAAUUCUCUGAAAUCACUUAUCUCUUAUUACAAACAUCCAAAACUUAGGAGCUGGGUGUGGUUGUAAACAUUUGUAAUCCCAGCUCACAGGAGGCUAAAGCGAGAGGAUCAGUGUGAAUUCAAGACCAGCCUGGACUACAUAGAGUUCCAGGGUGCUCUGCAUAACUCCACGACUGCCAUUGGUAUAAAUGAAUAAGUAAAUUUUCCAUUAAAUUACCAACUAAGUGUUGGCUACAUAGAGCUAGCCUGUUUUUACAAGGGAGGGACUUGUGUCCUCAGGAUUUUUCACAUUUUCUUGAAUUGCAGAGCUCUCCUUAGAUUCACCAUCACAAAGAAACCUGGUAAGAAUUAAGGGGGAAAAAAAGCCUGUGUCAUGUGACAUGAGGAUGGUAAGAUCGGCCAGCACGUGGCUUGGCACGUUGGCAUAGUGAGAUAGCUUUGGUUUGGAUGUUGCUGAACCUGUUACUAACUGUGAAAGCAAGUGACUCAAAUCCUCUCUAAGCCCAAGUUUGCUCAUCUGUAAAAUAAAGCAAAUAGUUUUACAUUCAUAUUUUAAUGCACGCAUUAAAGUGGCAUCCAUAUUUUUAAAGAUGUUUUAAAUCAACACAAUAAAUAAGUCAUCCCCAGCUUUCUCAGUUGUGAUGAAUGGGGCACUUAGCAUGGAGACACUUCACAGGACUCCAUGACAGAACAUGACCACGAUUCCAAAACCCCAUGCUCUUAAAGUUUGCCAUUGUGAUCGACUUGGCAGCCUCAGCUGACUUGAGCAUUAUUUAUCACGAUAAUGGGACUUCUCAGAUAACUCUGUAGCAGAACUGUGAAUGUAUAUGAUUUCAAGGCACUUUUUAAGGGUGGUAAGUGAGAAUGAUGAAUUUUAAAGUAUGUACAGUCUUAAGAAUUUCUGAUAAGCAUCAAUGGAAAUAUAAUUGUAUUCCUGGGCUUUUGCAGUACAUGGAUUCAGAAACCCUUUCUUAGGAACUGUAAGCGGGUAAUUACAAUUGAUGUCACUCAGUCAUAUGAGGAGUAUCACGGUAUUUCAGCUUACUUUAAAGAACUAGGAAGGAGUUGGAAAUGAAGAUGAACAGUAUACAUCCCUGCUGUCCAGCAGAGAAAACGGAAAGUGCAAGGCAAAGUGUGUAAUGAGACACAGAGACAUUCACUCAUCAUUGUCCACAAACAUAGUAAUAAGUAAAUUGAAGUCCCAUGCUCACAAACCUUAUAUUCUAGAAGGAAAAAAAUAGAUACAUUAUAUAAUACAUAAGAAAUAUAUAGUAUCAUAUCACAUCACUACUACAAGGAAAAAGUAGGCUAAGGCUUAUAUUCCUUCUAUUGAGCAGAGUAGUUCUUUUAGGGAAACAAGAAGGGGAGGAAUCGCUUCCUUCAGGGUAAUCAAAGAUAAUCUCUCAUUGGUGAUGACCUCUGGACAGAGACGGGAGUGAAAUCAAAAACAGACUGAGUAGCUGGGAGCAUAUUUUUUUUCCUACUCAUGUCAAAUGGAGUGGAAGUUCAGAGGCUCUGUAAGAGGCUUUGUUAUAAGGGGUAAAACAGCAAGAAGGGUGGGAAACAAAGCUUUAGGAGCAGCCCCAGGGCAAGUCCUACUGGGAGUCGGACUUGUGAGAGAGCAGAGAGCUGGAAGGGGAGAUGGGGCGGGAGGUUUCUCCUUCGUAAGGAUGCUUGGGAAGGUUUUGUGGAAUCUUAACCAAGUGUGGAUCAGGAGAGGAGGGUUUCUAAGCUAGGCCAUGAAGGAAGAAAUAGCCUGCUUGCCUUCUUUGGUGUAGAACCUAUUUGCUGGAACCUGGUUCACAAAUGAGAAACUGGGUACUGGGAGAGAGGCAAUCAGCUGAGGGGCAGGGCUUUUAAUCCCAUGCUAAAAGUUUUAGAUUUCUCCACAGUCAGCAUGGAGCCAUUGAAGCAUUCCAAAUAACGUGAAGCUAUAAGUAACCUGACUUCAAAGUAAGAGAUCAAAUUGUCCUCUGGAGGGAAAUCCAUUAAAACAGUUACCGCAUAAAUACAUCACACCAUUCCAUUUUCUGGCUCGUUGUUCCUAAUGUGCCAGGCUCAAGCACUACCUGCGCAGCGGACCAUGUUUGCUCUGCAGCUACCGAGGGCUACGCUACCGUGACUCUAGUCAGUGAAUAAGAAUGUUCGGGCACCAAGGUUCACCCGAAGCUCUUAUCACUUGCAAGAGUUGUUCUAUGGAAAUACAUUUUUCUCCCAGUGAUCAGAAGAUGAUCCUAAGUUUCUGAGGAAGACCUGUAUUAUGUACCUUGUUUACUGGCCCCGUUGGGUGCUCGGUCAUUCAUUCUCCAUCAUUUUAGUUUUGACUGAAAACUCACAACACAGGAGGCAAUGAACAACAUCUGAGAUGCCCUCAGCUAUGAAUGAGACUGCAGACCCCAGCUUCCUUGGGCUUGCGUUCUGGGUGGGGGAUAGGCGUUGUGUGUGGAAGCCAGUACAUAGGAAGCCUUCAGAGCCUUUAGUGCUCGGAAGAGAGGGAAAAUGAUGGGCAGGGGGAAGGACUUCCUUGGUCAGAUGUUCUUGGUGUGCAGGUAUAAUUCAAUCAUGGUGUCAGCCUUUGGGAAUGGCAUGCUCGCUCACCUUGCUUCCCGUUUUUAAACUGAUCAUUUCAUGAGACAGAUUGAUUUGAAUUGUUCACAUGAAUCAUCAUUGUCGAUAGCUUACCAUCAGAAUCACUUCAUUGUUUCCAGUGUAUAACUUCAGCCCUUUGUGAAUUUAUAUAUGAUAUGUUGAUCUUUUCUUCCUCAGCCAACCCGCAAUCACUGUCUCUCAUAACGAACUCAAUGACUGCAGUUUCUGAAAGGUACCUACCAGAGGCGGUGUAACCAUUUAUAUAGAACCCUUUCAAGUCAACCUUGGCAGGCUGCUUGUCAAGGAUUCAU